AUGUUUUCUCGCAGUGGCACAACUGCCAGGGAAUGCGCGGCCCUAAGAUGGCUAACAAAGACCAACGUGCUCGCACCUCGACUAUAUGGAUAUGGCCUGCGCAAUGACCCUCUUAGUGAAGUGGGUGUUGCCUACAUGCUGAUUGACGAGCUUCCUGGAAGGUGGAAUUCUCUAGAGGCCAGUUUUGAUGAUGGCCCCUUUUUCCUAAAGCUGGAUGACAAGGGAGACCACAUACUUGUGGGUGAUGGAUAUAAUAUCACAGGGAUCAUAGAUUGGACAUACGCGAGGAUUGUGCCCACAUUCGAAGCCUUUGGCCCCUCGCUCCUAACUGUUAACUUAAAUGACAUGUUCAAUGGCAAAGCCGGCCAAUCUACCAAUGACAGCCUUAUGGCCGAGGCAGUGCAAAGCAGAGAUAAGCAUCUUGGCCGUAUUGCCAGCGGUCCAGAUCUUGUGCGCCGGUUCUCCUUUGUUCUUGGUACGGCAACUGGCAUUCCUCUUGGCCUUGACUUGGAAGUGUGGCGCCAAACUCGAAUUUAUCAAUGGGCCGGCGACUCAAGGCUACAGGAUCUCCUUCGCCUGCAGGAUGAGCACUCAGAGAACAAGGAGAUGGCGGACGACGAUGCCGACGUUCCACCUGAAUUAGUGGACUAUUUGAUUGCGAGCGAAUAUGCUACACUCAAGUUUCUUGAACCUACUAAAAUUCCCGCCCCAAAGGUGUUCGCGUGCGGCGUUGCCUCUGACCCUUCGAACCGCGUUGGCGUUGGCUUUAUCAUUAUGGAGGCUCUACCAGGGAAGCCAUUCUACGCACACGAGGCAACACCGGAACAGCGAAGAGAUGUCAUUCAACAACUUGCUGAUAUCCUAAUCGAGAGUUCCAAACACCCCUUGCCUCUUGCAGGAUCGCUUGUGAUGAAGGACGGCGACCAGAUCGAUAUCUCAGCCAUAGCUAGUAACCGUUUUGUUUCUCUCAACACUUAUGGCCUGCUUAACACAGCUAUAGACUAUAUCACCAAUAUAAUAGAUCAGCACAUGGAUCUGGUUGCCGACGGACAACUCUGUCACAAAUAUCCGUUAGAAGCAUUCCUUUUCUACCGAUUCUUGCGCCAGAACAUUGAUGCGUUGAUAAAUCCCGAUAUACCAGGCCAGUUCUUCCUCAAACAUGUAGACGACAAUGGCGAUCAUUUGCUAGUCGACGACGAGUUCAAUACUACGGGCAUCAUUCACUGGCAAUUUGCUCGCACUGUUCCUGCAGCUGAAGCCUCUGGCCCAUCUUAUGUGACGGCGGACCUCGCUUCUCUCUACUCCAGUAACACCAAUUGA